CAAGACUACACUCUGAUAGUGGAGGCGUGGGACAAGGACAAUGGCACACACAGCAACGAUGAUGAACUUCUGAUCGAGCGAAGCAUCCACAAAGGAAAGAUUAACCCCGGAGAGGAGAAGCAGGCGGUGGAAUUCAAAAGCUUGAUUGCCACCAUUAAAUAUACCAUCCGCUUACGUUGUAACGAAAACUACUAUGGCAUCAGGUGCAACACGAUGUGUCGUCCCCGCGACGACUACUUUGGUCAUUUUGUGUGUGACCAGUUUGGAAAGAGGCACUGUAUGGAGGGCUGGAGGGGAGAGGACUGCAACACAGCAAUCUGCAAACAGGGCUGCAACCCUUUACACGGGACGUGCAAAAAGCCAGGGGAGUGCAAGUGUAACUACGGAUGGGACGGCCCGUUGUGUGACCGGUGCUUGCCGUACCCCGGCUGUGUGCACGGUACCUGCAGCGAGCCAUGGCAGUGCACGUGUGAGAAGAACUGGGGAGGACUGCUGUGUGAUAAAGAUCUGAACUACUGUGGGACCAACCGGCCCUGUAAGAACGGAGGAACCUGCAUGAACACGGAGCCAGACGAAUACAACUGCGCUUGUCCAGACGGCUACUCGGGCAAGAACUGUGAGAUUGCGGAGCACGCCUGCCUGUCCAACCCUUGUGCCAAUGGAGGGACAUGCCACGAAGUCCCCUCUGGGUUUGAGUGUCACUGUCCUGCUGGCUGGUCUGGGCCUACCUGUGCUAAAGACACGGAUGAAUGUGCGUCCAGCCCCUGUGCUCAGGGGGGGACCUGCAUGGACAUGGAGAAUGGCUUUGAAUGUAUCUGUCCUCCACAGUGGACAGGCAAGACCUGCCAGAUCGACGUUAAUGAGUGUGCGGGGAAGCCUUGCCUCAAUGCUUACUCUUGCAAAAACUUAAUUGGUGGAUAUCACUGUGCCUGCUUUCGUGGAUGGGUGGGCCAGAACUGUGACAUCAACAUGAACAGCUGCCAUGGGCAAUGCCAGAACAGGGGCAUCUGCAAGAACAUGGCGAGAGGCUACCAGUGUGUGUGCCAGCCAGGCUUCGUGGGUCGACACUGCGAGGUUCAGAGGAACCGCUGCUCCAGCAGCCCGUGUAAGAACGGCGGCCGCUGCAGCGUCCUGCUGGACGGGUUCAUGUGUGAAUGUCCACAGGGCUUCACGGGGACCACAUGUGAGGUGCAGAAUGACCCUUGUAGCCCAAACCCCUGUCAGAACAAGGCCCAGUGCCACACCUUGAUGGGGGACUUCUACUGCAGCUGCCCAGAUGCUUAUGUGGGGAAAACAUGCUCAGAGCUCAAGGACCACUGCAAAACCAACCAGUGUCAGGUUAUUGACAGUUGCACGGUUGCCGUGGCGACCAAUGACACCCAGCAGCAGGUGUGGCACAUCCUGUCCAACAUCUGUGGACCCCACGGACGCUGCAUCAGCCUGCCUGCUGGGAACUUCAGCUGCUCGUGUGAUCUGGGAUUCACUGGCACCUACUGCCAUGAGAACGUGAACGAUUGUGCAUCUUCCCCGUGUAAAAACGGAGGUACAUGCAUUGAUGGGAUCAACUCCUUCGAGUGUGUCUGCCCAGACGGCUGGGAGGGAACCAUAUGUGAGGCUGAUGUGAACGAGUGCAGCGGGACCCCGUGUCAGAACGCAGGUCUGUGCAUCGACCUGGUCAACGACUUCUACUGCAGCUGUGUCGAUGGCUGGAAAGGGAAGACCUGCCACUUACGUGAGAGCCAGUGUGACUCCAUUACCUGCAGGAACGGGGGGACAUGUUUUGACCACAGCGACUCAUUCCUGUGCAGCUGCUCCUCGGGGUGGGGUGGAAGCACCUGUAACUCAGCCAAAAACAGUUCCUGCGACUCGGGUCCUUGCGAGAAUGGAGGAACGUGCAUCAACGGGGGCGACACUUUCACCUGCAUCUGCAAGGACGGCUGGGAGGGGCCCACUUGUACAGAAAAUGUUAAUGACUGCAAUCCACAUCCCUGCUACAACGGCGGCGUCUGUGUGGACGGAGUCAACUGGUUCCGCUGCGAGUGUGCGCCUGGAUUCGCUGGACCGGACUGCCGCAUCAAUAUAGACGAGUGUCAGACGUCUCCUUGUGCUGAAGGGUCCACCUGCGUCGAUGAGAUUAACAGUUACCGCUGCGUUUGUCCUCCAGGACACGCUGGACGUCUCUGUCAGGAGUUCAUCGGACUUGGGAAGUCCUGUCACCACACUGGCCUCCAGUAUCCCCACGGUAGCCGGUGGGAGGAGGACUGUAACACCUGCCAGUGUUCCAACGGGGACGUUCGCUGCUCUAAGGUGAGGUGUGGUCGUCAGCCCUGCCUCCUCCCAAAGACUCUCCCAGCUGCCAACUCCAACCACCAGUCCUGUUCCGGAGGUCAGGAGUGUGUGGAGCAUCCGUUCCUCACCUGCUUCUCACAGCCAUGUCAUCAGUGGGGGGUGUGCUCCACACCCGACCCUCCCACUCCUCUGCACACCCAGUGUGAGCCUAAUAGUGAUUACCUAGACAACAGCUGUGCCCACAUCACACUGGUCUUCCAGAAGGAUAAAGUUCCACAGGGCACCACUGUAGAGAACAUCUGCUCAGAGCUGAGGUACCUGCCUGUGACUCGGACUCUGGCUGAGGAGCGAGCUCUGCUGAUCCUCUGUGACCUGUCCUACUCAACUAGGGAUGCUGUGGAGGUUGCCAUGUCCUUUGAGAUGGAUGGACGACAGAAGGAUGGCGAGUGUGAACGGAUCCAGAAGGCUGCCAGUGCCGUUACUGAUGCGCUGUCGAAACGCCACAACACCACCUUCCUUCUGGCUGUGCUGGAGGCCAAAGUGGAGAUCCACGUGGAGUGCCCCCCUGUCGGUUACCUGGUGCCUGUGCUCUGCGCCGUUUUCAGUGUUCUGUGGAUCUUCUGCCUCGUUGUCUGUGUUUGGUGGACCCGUAAGAGGAAGAAAGAGCGUGAGAGAGCAGCGCUGUCUGAGGAAACCACGGUCAACAACCAGCUGGAGCCGCUGAGGAGCAAUCCCACCAAGAACAACUGCAACAAAGACAUUCGGUAUGAAUGCAAGAAGCUGAUGGGCCCUGCUGACAGGAUGUGUGACGGGGCCGAUGACGAGGACGAACGUGAUCGUGAGGGAGAGCGAGAGGAUGAUGAGGAGAGGGCGCUGGGCGUGGGGGAUAAGUGUCCCCCUCAAAGGUGCGCCAGAGGGGAGGUGCAGGACAACGGGUGGAUUAGUAAGGGCGGGAGGAUCUGUACGACACGCAGCGGUCCGAUGAAAGCACCACAUCGGACAGCGUACAGCCCCAAAGACAACCGGUGUAAAAACCUGGUUGCUGCCAAGCUCAGCGAGGACAUUAAAGACCACUAUGUGUGAACAGGGACACCACUGACUGUUCAGCUCUUGAACGCACCACAAGUGAAGAUUAACAAUGCUUUAAUUUUGUAUUUUUGUUUGUCUAUUUUAUUUAAAUAUUCUUUUCUGUGGCAUGGAGGCUUAUUUUACCACUAAGCAAAUAAAAAAUACCUAAAAAAGUAAGCAUGGGAAAAACAUCACAGCUCCUGGAUUUCAGGAGGUUUCUUAUUUUUCACUGUGCUAAAAAUCUGUGUUCCUUUGUUUCUUUUGUCUGUUUACAAGCACUGUGUUACACCAUCCUAAAGAAGACUUUAGACUUUGGAUUGAAUCAAACCAACCUAGGCUGGCAGCUGUUCCAAACCUGUUUUCUGUCCUGCUUUUGCUCAAACCUGCAGGCGUUUCCACGUGAAGCCAUGUCUUUUAUCAGAUUAGUAAAGUUGCUUCUGUCGUAUCCAUGUUGGCACAAAGAACCCUGCCGUGUUACGCCUGACGAGGAGAUUUUAUUUUCUUUACGUUUAUAAAUGUUUUUAUUUAAUUUCCAUUUACGAAUGCUGAUCCUGUUCUCUUUUCGAGGUUUAACGACUCCAUGCCUCCUGAGCAUCGCGAUGGUGGUCUUUCAGUAUUUCUCCUACCAAAGUGCCUUCAGCCACUAACGUUCUCCUUUUUUACUCCUGAAAUGCAUAAAGGGAAAUAAGUUUUAAUAACAAACUUCAUAUUGCAGUAAAGUUUUGUUUUAUCGUGAUGUACAGUACAUAUGUAAAUAAACAAAUGACUGUGUAUAUUUGAGUUUAGUAAGUUAAGUGAGGCUUUGUAUCAUAGUUAUUCUAAAGAAUACGGUUGUUUUUGCUCUUUGUUUUAAUGUCAUUCCGUUUAUUUGUGUUCGACGAUCCGACAUUCUGACUAUUUUCUGAUUUAGCCCCCACUCAGACCUGAAUAACUAGUAACUAUUUAUUCUGACUGUCAUGAUUAGAAAUGGUGUCUGUCAACGUGGAAGGAUAUUAUUGUAUUUCAACACGCCAAAAGAGAAAUUUGCUGUGAUUGAGGUGAUAAUACCUUUUAGUUUUUUUAUUUCCACCAUAAAAUCUUAUUUUACCAAACUAGAUGGUAUUUCAUCUUUCAGACUUUCACCCACUGGUUCCAGUAUUUGCGCAUAAACCCACCGAAAUGACACAAACUGGUGAAAAUGUCGUUGCUUUGAUCUACUUGAGUUCAGAGUGGUUACAGUUCUUGUAUUUGCCGCUGGUGUUAGCAGCUUUGGAGUAGGUUUGCAGCGACUGUCCCAAAGAAUCACAGCAGCUGAUAUUUCUGCUAAAAACCUUGUUGCACUAAAGGAACUAAAUUCAGAUAUUUUUUUAAGGAACUCCUGAAAGCUUUUUUGCUCAUGUGUCUUACAGAAACCACUUUUCAUUUCUGCUGCAUAAAUGUACGCAAUCAUCAGUGAUGCACAACAGAAAAGUCUAAGGCCUAGUCCACACGUAGCCGUUUUUUUUUAAACGAAUAUCCGCCCCUCCAAAAACUUGCAUCCACACCACCUCGUUUAAAAAAAUAACUCUGUCCACACGUACCCGUAUAAAUACGUUGUUAAGGACAUGCCAGACCUGUAGGCGGCAGUACUUCCCCCGUUCUUAACCUCAUCCUUCGUCUGUGGUCUUCCGCAAGGAGCAGUAAUUCCGCUUGCAAAAACAAACAAGCAAAAAGCGCUUGGACAAUUGAUAAAGCGAGCGCAGCUCUGAGGGCAUCCAUGCUGUCGGCUAGUGUAAACACAGGUCGCGCACGUGAUGUCAGCAUUUUUCUGUCGCGGAAAGUGACGUUGCGGACCUUAAAACUCCGGUUUUGUCUGUUCACACGCAGACACCCAAAACGGAGAAAACGCAGAUCUUCACUUUGGCCGGAGUUUUUAAAAAGAUCCGUUUUCGUGUGAAAAAACUCCGUUUUCGUGUGGAUGUCAGGCCAAAACGUAGAAAAAUAUCUAUGUUUUGGCAGAUCCCCGGCUACGUGUGGACAGGGCCUCAGUAGAAAAGUUUGUCGUGCUUUUAAAUCAGACCACUUUAUGCAAAAGUGGUCUGCUACUUAUGCGCACCACGCAGAAUGGAAAUGUUUUGCAUGAGAUCUUGAUUGGUGCUUCUCUUCAUAUGAAACUAUUGUGUUUUUUACAUAUAUCUGGAGGUUUGAAACUGCAGACUGAUGGAAAGGUCUUCUGAGUUUAGAUUUCUGGACACCAGACAGCUUUAAAGAGAUAUGGCCUGAGCGUUGGGUCUCAAACCGGGAACCCUGAAUUCGAUUCCUAUUUUCAUUUCACACACGUUGGUCACAGGGUCCAGACUAGCUCAAAGCAUCGCUGUCAGGCUCUCGGUAGUCUCUUUGUACUUCAGUUACAAAUGCACAGUUUUACAGUCUGUUGACGGUGGAGACGCCACACAGAGCAGCUGGGCGCUCGGCGGUCAUCCACCUGCAGGAAGUGAUCUUUAGCGAGCUCGUCUUUAUAGAAUGAAGAAAUGGUGCCUGAUUGCAACUAGAACCUGCCUGUUGUAAAGAAAUGUACUCUUCGUUUGUCCCCAGUUCUCUCCGAGUCGUUUCUAGUUUAAUGAAGGGAACAAGUUUCAUGCUGUUCAUGGUGCCACUUUUGUGAAUGCUCACAGUAGUAAUGGGAUAAUUUGAGUCAACACUUUCCUUUCUGUUUCUGCAAUUUAAGGAGAACCUAAACUGUUUUUUCAUCAGUCUUUUUUUUUAGCUGUAAGAAGAACUGAAUGUGCUGAACAUUGUAAUUAUUUUGUACAAAAUUUGGUUAAAAUGUUGGUUUGUUAGUGGAUUUUUUGUUCUUAGAACAAUCAUAUAAUUUAUUAAAGUAUUUUAUAUCAA